CGGCGCUCGAGCGCUUGCUAUCGAAUCGAAUCGAAUUCAGUCCUCCUGUCAGUACUUGUUCUUGACGCGUUGCAAUAGGGUAUUAAUGUGUUGCUCCAAUAAUUUCUAUUUUAAUUGAUUUGUGCACUAUGGCUGAAAGUGAGGUAAUAAAUAACAGUGUUCAAUUUUUUGAGGGAGUGGAAAAACUUCUCGAAAUUUGGUUUGCCCCAAAUGAAAAGAAUAAAAUGGCAGAUUUGCGUAAAAUACCAAGAUCAAAAUGGGAUGCUUUAUUGAAGAUAGUCAGAUGCGAGAUUAUAAGCUUUAGCAGAAAUGAUCAAGUUGAUGCCUACGUAUUGAGUGAGAGCAGCAUGUUUGUGUCCCGCCGUCGGUGGAUUUUGAAAACGUGCGGCACAACAACCCCGCUGCAGUGCCUGGAGCCGCUGCUGGAACUCGCGGAACAAAUCGCAGGCUACACGUGCGUCGAGGACGUAUUCUACUCGCGGAAGAACUUUAAGCGGCCGGAGCUCCAGUGUUCGCCGCACAAGCAUUUCGAGCAGGAGGUCGCGCUGCUCGACACCUUCUUUGAUAACGGUGUCGCAUAUUGCAUCGGCACGGUUAAUCGCGACUGUUGGUAUCUAUACACAUUAGAUCAUGGUUUGCAAGACAAACUUGGUCUUCAGGAUACCAACGAUAGGUCUAUCGGCUGGAACGGCUGCUGGAAGCCGAAAUCCAUCGAUGUGGACCCAGAUCAAACAAUUGAGAUCCUCAUGACUGAAUUGGACCCGAAAGUCAUGUCUAUUUUCACAAAGGAAUCUUGCACAACCGCCGCUGAGGCUACUGAGAAAUCGGGGAUUCAUAAGAUUUUACCGAAUAUGGUGAUCGACGAUUUUCUCUUUGAGCCUUGCGGCUACUCUAUGAAUGGUAUUGCUAAAAGUGGAUAUUAUAUGACGAUUCAUAUCACGCCAGAAGAAGAAUUCUCUUACGUUUCAUUCGAAAGCAAUGUUUCUGCUGCAAAUUACGCUGAAAUAAUUAGUCGCGUAAUCGAUACCUUCAGACCUGGAAAGUUUGUGGUGACCAUCUUUGCUAAUAAGAAUUCUGCUGCCUCUGGCGCCCCCCGCGAGUUGGAGAAGGUGAGUUCUUUCGGUGACUGGGUGAGACGUGACUCUCAUUUCUGUCGCUUCGCGCGUUACGAUUUCACCUACGCGCUGUUCUCUAAAUUCCCGAGCUGAGGGUCGUGGUGUCCGCCCCAAUGGAGGGCCAACGCGCGGGUUGUGUACCGCGAUUUUUCCCACACCUUUCCCCAAUCCCUAUCUCAUUCAUUCCCUUACCAUGACCGCAAUAAAUAUAUGGUCUUUCACAAUUCGGCAGACUUCGAGAGACAGCGCUUCCAUGACCACUAUUUGUUUUAUCGGUAUAUCCUGUUAUCAUUAAAACCAUUUCGUCGCGUGUACGACGAUGUGCUCGUAGACGCGCCGAAAUCACUUACUAACUUCCAUCAAAAUUCAUUAAACAAUUAUUUAGAAUCUAAGCACUUCCCAAUUAUAAGAGCCAGUUAUUAUGGCGUAUACUACAACAUUCUAUUUUUAAAUUAUCAUUCUCGUAUUCAAAUACUGUGGGCUUACAUCGUAAAGCAUUUGCUGCAGCUCAUAGAAGUGUACAUUUAUAGCGUCGUCAUUUGCUCACCACUGGUCAUGUUCUCGUGGUGGCGCAACAAAAUAUCAUGAGAUUUGCGUGCCGAAACAAACCUUGAUUGUUGGUAGCGGGUAGUUCUGUUGGCUAUUAAUUUUUCAAACUUUAUAAUUUCCUAUGAGGGUGAUUGUAAAGAUACAAAAAUGAGGUUUAGUAAUAACAAGCAAAGCAAUUUGCCAAUAAUUUCACCAAGUAGGUGAUGUUUGUUGCAAUCAUUUUAUAUAUAAAUUGCAAUGAAAUAAGAAGAGUCAAAUUGCAAAUUAUUAUAUAGACCGCAUUUAACAUGAAUAGUGAUCUGACAUCAAGGUUUGUAAAUUUAUAAGAAUUUUAGCCUUUUUAGGCUAACGCUCCUUAGAGCUAAUCUUUAAAGCGC